UGUCUCUCUCUCUCCCCAUAGCAGUAUUAUUAUAUUAUAUGUACCCCUCUCUCUCUCUCUCUCUCUCUCCAUCCAGCUUCUGAUAUUUUCUCAAGAUUAAUUCUCACUGCCUGCCAAAACUUGCAUCUCUAAAAUGUUUUUAGCUGCUUGUUGACAUCUUCUUCAGCAUGGGGGAGGCUCAAGAAGUUCAACUCCAAAUCGAGCAAGGCUGCAGAGAAGCAACCUCAUCGUCAUCAGCUGCUGAAAAUGGAAACUCAUCAUCAAACCCCCAACCAACCGUCCCUGAGCUCCGGCGGUGGCUACAAGUCGCCGUCUACGCCGUCUUGGUGCUCGCCGGGCAGUCGGUCGCGACCCUGCUCGGCCGACUCUACUUCGAGAAGGGCGGAAAGAGCAAGUGGGUGGCCACCCUGGUGCAGCCCGGCGGCUUCCCGGUCCUCCUCCCUCUCCUCUUCCUCAAGCAAUCUGCCCCAAAUGGCAGCCACCAAAGGCCACCUAAUGUUUCUCCCAUGCUCCUUGCCUCAAUCUACUUUGGCUCUGGCUUAUUCCUAGCAGGCGACUGCAUGUUGUUUGCUAUAGGGCUGCAAUACCUUCCCGCCUCUACUUUUUCCCUCAUCUGUGCAAGCCAACUGGGCUUCAAUGCCUUCUUCUCCUUCUUCCUCAAUGCCCAGAAGCUCACGGUUUUCAUAAUCAACUCUCUCGUCCUCCUCACCAUCUCCUCUGUUCUCCUGGUUUUUGGACCAGAUGACUCGUCGAGUUCCGGUAGAGUAUCGAGAGGGAAGUAUAUCAUCGGCUUCGUGUGCACUGCUUUUGGGGCCGCCGGGUACGCGCUGCUGCUCUCCGCAGGCCAGGUGUUCUUCCAAAAGGUGCUGAAAAGCUCAACCCUUCAGGUGAUAGUGAGGCUGAUAAUCUACCAGUCGCUGGUGGCGACGAGUGCGAUCGUGGUGGGGCUCUUUGCGAGCGGGGAGUGGAGAAGUUUGAGGCAGGAGAUGGAUGAGUUUGGGCUAGGGAAAGUCUCGUAUGUGAUGACUUUGGUGUGGACGGCCAUUAUAUGGCAAAUGUUUUCCAUUGGCGUAGUGGGCCUGAUUUUCAAGGUCUCCUCCCUCUUCUGCAAUGUCAUUAGCACCCUCGGCUUGCCUAUUGUUCCUGUCUGUGCUGUGAUCUUCUUCCAUGACAAGAUGGAUGGCGUCAAGGCUAUUGCCAUGUUGUUGGCUGUUUGGGGCUUUGUCUCAUAUCUCUACCAGCAUUAUUUGGAUGAUUUCAAGUCCAAGGCCAUGAAACAAAGUGUUCAACUUACUCAACUUAAUUGAGUUGAGAGAGUAGGUUGCGUCUCUUAGACAUCCAAUUAACAUAUCUUAAUGGUCAAUCACGUAAUAUUAUGUGUUCGUGAUAAGAGUAAAUUUGUAAAAAAUAAUUAAACUCUAUUAAACAUAUUUAAAAACUCGUUGUUCUUUU